AAAAAUGGGUACUCCCAUGACGUACGAUCAGCUCAGGGAUCACCUCGAUCAGAUAUAUUCGGAUCCCUCUACUCGCCUAGAUGUCCGUUUAAUCGAGAAGCUUCAAGCGGAGCUGUUCGCUAGCACUGAUCCAAAAGUGUCAGCGGCGCUCCUAGUCCAGAUCUCCAACCUCCUCCCCACUAUUCAAGAAGAUCCGACUCCGCUAACCAAUUUGGCCACGAAAGCAGCGACGUACCUAAACUAUUCACAGAUCCGGUCCAUCGAACCUCCCCUCGAUAUUCUUGCCGGUAUCAAGGCACCUUCACACCCGGUUAACCUCCUUGCUUUAUCGCUCCUCCGCAAAGCUAGCGAGUCCGUUAGCGAUGCGGCAGUUGUUGCAGGCGAUUCAGCUCUAGUGACAUCCUUAGUGGAGAUAUGGCUCACAAGCACCACCACCGCUGUUGCGGAGGCGGCCUUCGAUGUUCUAUGGUGUCUCCUCCGGAUCGAUCACCCAAAUCAGCCGUGGAGAAAUGGAAACAUGGAAAGUAGUAAUUCUGGUGGCCUGGGCCUGAUGUGGAGAAGACUAUUUGGAGACAGAAACGUGUACAGCCUACUCUUCUCAAUAUGCUGUCUUGAUAAUGACGGACAACCCGGGCAGCCGAGCAAGCGGGAAAAGUCAGUGGCUCAGGGAAGAUUGAUGGAUUUUGUGACUAGAGUAGGGUCGCUGGAUUGGCAGGCGGUUACGGCAUCACAUUUCCCAGAUGUUGAGCUUGGGUUUAAAUGCAAGAAUUUGUUAGAUUUUGCAGCCUGCCAAAUGGUGGACACCGAAGAUGUUCUGCUGCACAUGACGCUCAUCCAUUUCCUCGAGGAUCUCCUAAAAAUCGGCGCUCCUGGUUUCCAGCAGCGUUGCAGCACCGCUCAAGUGUCUCACCCAAUGUUCUCUUCUCCAUCCCUGGAUUUCCUGGUCAGCUCUGGCCUACAUCACAGAAUCAUGAAAUACUUUGUGGAGCCCUCUACCCUGGAUCCCGCAGAAGCUGCUUAUCUUUCUGGUCCAAUAAUGGCGUACGUUUCCCACUUUCUGGAUAAAAUCCUUACCCGAACACUCCAAUCUUUUGAUAUGCCAUCAGUUCAAUGGGCCCACGGAGCAGUUCCAAGCGGUGAACUUAAUAUUCUAGCGUCACUGCCCCGAGUUAUGUUACUGGAGGCUGGGAAACGAUCUUUAAACCCACUAUUUUCCAUUCCUUCAAAGCCACUACAUAAGGACACCCUGGGUGCACUGGGAAGAAUAUUUCACGGACCGUUAGGUCGCAAGGUUGAUAGCGAUGCAGAGCAACAAGAGGAUUUAAGCCACAAUCCAACCAGUUCCCGUGCAGAGGCAGCGGCCGCAAGGACGCUCUAUUUCCAAUACCUAAAUCAGCACACGGCCAUCUGGAACAACGUCGUGGCGGCCGCCGAGACAGUGGCGAUGACUGAUACAGCUUUGGCUGCAAUCGCGUUCAUAAAAGCAGUCGCAACAGCGAACUGGGACGUGAUCAAACAAGGCUCGACCUCGGAAGGCAUCACUACUGCUCGGUUUGCUAUUCCAACUGAAGACGAGGUCGAGCGGCUUGGGCCAGCGUCCCAGGGAAAUCUUCCGUUGCAUGGAGCUUGGGCGCUACUCGUUCCUCCAGCUUUAACUGUUGUUCUACCUUACCUUUUUAAAGACCCGCAGACGCAUGCGAACUUUGUUGCCGGGGGAAGAGGAGACACGGAGAGUGCUGUGUGGAGAAUCGCUACUGCCAAGUAUGAUGCACUCGUUGCGCUCGAGUCGUCUAUUGAACGAAUCGGCGGAAGUACCAAUGGUGUUGAGGAUGUUAUACGAACUAUGAAGCGGCGUGUAGCCCAGGGACCAUGGGGUAAUACAAGCCAGAUUGGCAGCCGGGUUGAUGCACUGGAACUAUAA